GCUCGCUAGUCCAGUGGAUGUCACACCGACAUGGCUUUGAAAAUAUCCGCUCUGGUGUCGCACAUUCGAGUCCAGGUGUCCCGGGUCCACGUUGACUUCCAGAAAGUCGGUGUUCAAUUCAAACACACUUUAACUACUGGGAGCUCGCCAGUGACCAUCCCAGCACGCAGCCACGUUAACGCUGCCCUCCCAGCUAAGAAGCCACCCCCUGUCAGAACAGAGCUUUGGAAGCCCGGCCAAGCUUGCACCUCCCCGUCAUCCAGGUGGAAGAGCAGCCUGCUGGGAAAGUUUGCCCUCGGAGCCGCUCUGGGAGCGAGUACCGUUACUCUGGUCCGGUCCCUGCACACCGGGACCAUCACCGCUAUGCCGCUCAAAGUGAACCUGGACUCUGCUGACGGAGACUGGAAGAAGACGAAGGAGUUUUUGUUAUCUCUUUCUGUGGAAGACAGACGUCAUUACUACAGGACCUCGGGUUCAGUGCAGCUGAAUGACAUUCCUGUAUGGACUCCCACUUCAGGUCUUUCUGAGCAGGCUCGGUACCAAAGGAAUGAAAAGUUGGACCGGAAGAUUUCCCUCUACAGCGGAGACAUCACUAAACUGGAGGUUGAUGCUAUUGUCAAUGCAGCAAACAAGACUCUUCUUGGGGGAGGAGGAGUGGACGGAGCCAUCCACCGCGCUGCAGGUCCCAUGCUGAAAAAAGAGUGUGCUUCCCUCUGUGGCUGUGAGACAGGAGAGGCAAAGAUCACAUGUGGCUACGGCCUCCCAGCAAAGUAUGUGAUUCAUACUGUGGGACCAAUCGCACAAGGAGGAGUUGGAGAGGAGGAGAGGAGAGCUCUUAGGUCAUGCUACAAGAACAGCCUGCAGACUGCCACGGAAAAGGCGGCACGCUCGGUGGCUUUCCCUUGCAUCUCCACUGGGAUUUAUGGAUACCCACCUGAGCAGGCUGUGCACGAGGCGUUAGCAACUGUGAGGGAGUACCUUGAUGCACAUCAUGACAAGCUGGACAGAGUCAUCUUCUGUGUGUUCUUGCCAGCGGAUAAGAAGCUCUAUCUGCAGAACCUCCCGCUCUACUUCCCUGCUGAGGCCACUGUCAAGAGUAAACUCUGAGAGGAUGGAUUUGGUUGCUGUGGAUACGCAUCACUGCAUCCUCAUUCCUCCUCCUCAUCUUCACAACUGAUGCAGAUCUUCUUCAGGGGGAAGAUGUCUUUGUUCUCUCACAAAUUCUAUUAAGUGUUUCUAGUUUUCUAGUAAUGAUUGACUUUGUGACGAAGAUGUUAAAUGAUGAACAGUUUUUUGUUUUAAAUAACUGGCAUUAUUGUGAUCAAUAUUAGAUUAGGUUUACAAUUCCCCAUGAAAAAUGCACCCUCUGUUUCAGCAUUUGAGUGUUUGGAUUCAAGUGUGCAAGAAAAUAUGACAAAGACUUAUUAAAAAACAAAUCUCACUGGCA